UCCGCGGGCCCUCCGACCACCCGAUGGGCACCCCUGCGCCGGAGCUCGCGGCUCUCGCGAUUCGACGCAGCGGUGGCCGCCUGUUCGAGCGGUAGGGGCUUUGUCUCUCUCCCUCCCCCCUUGUGGACUCGUGGUAGCGGGCUGGGAGGAGACAGAGAGGCGACGCAGCGAGGGGGGGGGGGGGGGGGGGCAGGGAAGAUGCUGGGGCCGGGGCUGAAUCUCGUCAGCGCGGCGCUCGGCUUCGGCAUGACCGCAGCCUUUGUCGCGUUCGUCUGCGCGCGGUUCGUCUGCUGUCGCCCCCGCCGAGCGGAUGCCCGAGCCUCGCGACCGCACCCCUCGCCGUUGGACUUCGAGGCCGACUUUCCCUCGGAUUUCGAUCGCCCGGUGGAGCAUUCCCACAGUGGAUUGGGGCCGUUGGCUGUUGCUGCAAUUCCUACCAUGAAGUAUAACUGUGAGACUUUCCAUUCAGAAGACGACACCCAGUGCUCCAUAUGUUUAAGUGAAUACAAGGAGAAGGACAUUCUAAGAAUAGUACCUACUUGUCAUCAUAACUUUCACCUUUACUGCUUAGAUGCAUGGUUACUGAAGCAGACUACUUGCCCAAUAUGCCGGAUCUCGUUGAGAGAAUUGCCUGGUGGAAAAGCUGCCAUAUCCUCUGCGCGUAGCAUCUCUCAACCGCCCACCCUCCCUGAGAGUUCUGUUAAUCCAACACCUCAGUUCCUCCCAGUUCAUCAAGAUCACAUAGGCCACCAGGAUGGCCCAGACACGACAGAAUCAGUAGAGGUAGUUAUUGAAAUCCGACGGUGAAUACUCAGGAUAUGGCAAUGGUAUAGUCCAAGGCAAGAAUUUGAAAUUAAAUUAUUUGUACACUCUUCACUGCAUUGUUGCAGUUUAAAACUGUUUGAAAUCAAAGUUAUUUGUGAUCCCUUUGUAUGUAGACUAGAGAAAUCAAUCAUACAAUCCACAUUGUUGAUUUCCAAGUUGUAUUAUGGAACAUGGGCAUCGUAUGGUCUUUUCUAUGUAUGCUGUAUAUUGCAAGCUAAGUAAAAAAAUAC